AAUGUUUCCUGGUUUGGCCUCGUCUCUUCCUCUGGGCUCUGAUGAGCGGAUGGCGGUUCUGGUCCGGUCCGGGCUCGGUCUGAGCCAGCGGGCCGGGUCAUGUGACGAUCAGGGAUUACAGAUUUAAUCUGACUGUCAUGAAGCCCAGAGAGGAGGAACUGAGCUGGACAGAGGAGGAAGGAAUGGCGGCGGCGGCGGCGAAGGAUUUCUGAGUCCAUUUUGGUUCUGAUGGAGAAUCAGAAAGGCUGCAGCUGCUGGCCCUUCAAGAUGAAGGCGGAAAACCCGGAUGAGACGGGAAGCAGAACCAACAGCUUUCAGAGGAAGAAACCGCCGUGGCUGAAGCUGGACAUCCCGACCAUCCAGCUGACGCCGGACGAGCCGCCGCCGGCCGCCGCGCCGCAUGUUGGGUCACGUGUUGCUGCAGUCAGACGCAGCAACGAGGCGCAAGACAAAAACGAAUUCCAGCCUGUGAAGCGAGUGCGCAGUGUGAGCAUGCCCGGGGAAAAUCCACACACACACUCUGCUGCCAUGGAAACGUCCAACGGCUACCUCAAACCUCCAGUGGAGAAAAUGGCCGUCAUGCAGUCCAUCAAGAGUGAGAAGCGGGUUCACUUCGACCGCCUGAACACCGUCCCUCCAAAGGGCCAGCGCUGCUCCAGGAGGGCGUCGACCGGUCGCCGGCGCUCUUGUGUUCCUAAAAUUCUGGCCCGGCGCCGCUCGUCUAUCCCCAAACAGAUCAUCAGGGGGACGGCUGAUUGGUUCGGCGUGAGUAAGGACGGCGACGGCGGCCAGCGCUGGAGGAGGCGGAGCCUGCAGCACUGCAGCCAGCUGUUCGGGGGCCUGAAGGCCCAGGUGACGCUGCUCAGCCUGGACAGCCUGUCCCUGUCCAGCACCGACCCCCACCCUGACCCCGACCCGACCCCCCGCCUGUCCCCACGCCGCCACCGCUACGGGAUGCAGCGGGUCGUGGACCCCUUGGCUCGCGGUCGGGCCUUCCGGAUGGGGGAUGACCUGGACGGACCUGGCGCCCCUCAGACGCCGCUCACCCCAGGCUCCGCCUCCCUCUGCUCCUUCUCCAGCUCACGCUCCGCCCUCAACAGGUUGCCACGGCGACGCAAGCGGGAGUCCGUGGCCGUCAUGAGCAUCAAGGCUGCCGCGGCGCUGAUGAAGGGUCGGACGGCGGCUGAGGGCGGCACCGGGAGGCGGAGGCGGAGCUUCAUGCCUCCCAGUUUCUAUGACGACGACACGACGGAUUUCCCGGACGAGUUGGACACUUCGUUCUUCAGCAGAGACGGUUUCCAGGAAGAGACGUCCAGCUACGCCGACGACGUGUUUGAGACGCCGUCAGAGACCGACCUGCAGCGGCUGGAGCCCGGCGCCGAGAGACGAAACGCUCCGCCAGGAAACGCUCCGCCAGGAAACGCUCCGCCAGGAAACGCUUCGACAGGAAACGCUCCGCCAGGAAGUGCUGUGGACCGGACCAAGCUGGAGCGGACUCACCUGAUGCUGCCGCUGGAGCGAGGCUGGCGGAAGGCGAAGGACGGCACGCUGCUGCAGCAGGAGGCGGCGAGCGGGCCGCAGCGGCGCGGGCGCAGGAUCGCGGCGCCGGUCCAGAAGCUGUUCGCCCGGGACAAGAGGCCGUACGGACUGGGCAUGGUGGGCCGACUCACCAACCGGACCUACCGCCAGCGCCUGGACAGCUUCGUCCAGAAGCAGAUCCAAGACAUGGACGACCACAGGCCUUUCUUCAGCUACUGGAUCACCUUCGUCCACCUGCUGGUCACCGUCCUGUCCGUGUCCAUCUACGGCAUCGCGCCGCUCGGAUUCACGCAGCACGAGACCGUCGACUCUGUGCUGAGAAAUAAGGGAGUUUAUGAAAACGUGAAGUUUGUGCAGCAGCAGAACUUCUGGGUCGGUCCGAACUCGGAGGCGCUCAUCCACCUGGGUGCGAAGUUUUCUCCAUGCAUGCGUCAAGACGAAGAGAUCCAGCAGCUGAUUGAGGAGACAAAGGUGAGAGAACGACAAUCCGGCUGCUGCGUCCGGAACGACCGCUCCGGCUGCCUGCAGACGCUGCAGGAGGAAUGUUCGAACACCCUGGCAGUUUGGGUGAAGUGGCCUCAACACGCCAGCGCUCCAUAUCUAGAGGGGAAACCACGGCAACACGGCUCAGUCUGCCACCAGGACCCCAGAAUCUGCCAAGAACCCGCUUCAGUUUCACCGCAUGAGUGGAGCGACGACAUCACACAGUGGCCGAUCUGCACUAAGCUGGAUUCUGGGAACCACACCAACCUGCCUCACAUCGACUGCAGCAUCACGGGCCGGCCCUGCUGCAUCGGCACCAAGGGACGGUGUGAAAUCACGUCCAGAGAAUACUGCGACUUCAUGCACGGAUACUUCCAUGAGGAAGCUACGCUCUGCUCACAGGUGGCCUGUAUGGACGAUGUCUGCGGCCUGCUGCCGUUCCUCAACCCACAGAUCCCAGAUCAGUUCUCCCGCCUCUGGCUGUCUCUCUUCCUGCAUGCCGGCGUCCUGCACUGCCUGGUCUCGGUGUUUUUCCAGAUGUCGGUUCUCAGGGAUUUGGAGAAGUUGGCCGGCUGGCUCCGGAUCUCCAUCAUCUACCUGCUGAGCGGCGUCACAGGAAACCUGGCCUCCGCCAUCUUCCUGCCCUACAGAGCAGAGGUGGGUCCCGCCGGCAGCCAGUUCGGCAUCCUGGCCUGCCUCUUCGUGGAGCUUUUCCAGAGCUGGCAGAUCCUGGAGCGGCCGUGGCGAGCGUUCGCCAAGCUCGCCGCCAUCUCCGUCUUCUUCUUCUCCUUCGGUCUGCUGCCGUGGAUCGACAACUUCGCCCACGUCUGCGGCUUCCUGUCGGGCUUCUUCCUGUCCUUCGCCUUCCUGCCGUACAUCAGCUUUGGCCGCUCCGACUCGUACAGGAAGCGGCUCCAGAUCUGCGGCUUCCUGCUGGUCUUCCUGGGUCUGUUCGCCGCGCUGGCCGUCCUCUUCUACGUUUACCCGCUAAAAUGCGACUGGUGCGAGUUCCUCACCUGCGUCCCGGUCACAGACAAGUUCUGUGAGAAGUACGACCUGAACGCACACCUGCUCUGAGCGCCAGAACCGGGUCUGAGCGCCAGAACCGGGUCAGAUAUCCGCUUCCUGGUGGCGCUGCAGGAACCUUCUGGAACAAAUGCAUCUCUUCUGGAUCAGGAGGACCAGAGUGCGGCGGAUCAGAGCCGCUGCAGGGGGGAAAG